AUGGUUAUUGAGGAGGGUGAGCACGGCGCCCUGCCCCACUCAGGGGUCGAGGGCAGCACGGCGCCCUGCCCCACUCAGGGGUCGAGGGCUGCACGGCGCCCUGCCCCACUCAGGGGUCGAGGGCUGCACGGCGCCCUGCCCCACUCAGGGGUCGAGGGCUGCACGGCGCCCUGCCCCACUCAGGGGUCGAGGGCUGCACGGCGCCCUGCCCCACUCAGGGGUCGAGGGCUGCACGGCGCCCUGCCCCACUCAGGGGUCGAGGGCUGCACGGCGCCCUGCCCCACUCAGGGGUCGAGGGCUGCACGGCGCCCUGCCCCACUCAGGGGUCGAGGGCUGCACGGCGCCCUGCCCCACUCAGGGGUCGAGGGCUGCACGGCGCCCUGCCCCACUCAGGGGUCGAGGGCUGCACGGCGCCCUGCCCCACUCAGGGGUCGAGGGCUGCACGGCGCCCUGCCCCACUCAGGGGUCGAGGGCUGCACGGCGCCCUGCCCCACUCAGGGGUCGAGGGCUGCACGGCGCCCUGCCCCACUCAGGGGUCGAGGGCUGCACGGCGCCCUGCUCGGUCGAACUCUGGCUGCUAAAUUAGAAGUUUCAUGA